AUGGGGGCCCCCCUCCCUUUUGCUGCCCGUGCAGCAGCGUCGGCAGCAGCAGCAGCAGCAGCAGCAAGAGCAGCAGCAGCAGCAGCGCUGCCCCGAGCUUCGUGCGGCCCCAAACCUUUGCUGCUGCGCCCCCGUUGCCUGCACAGCUUCCGCUUCAGAUUCCCUCCGCCGCCGACUCUUCAGCAGCAGCAGCAGCAGCAGCAGCAGCAGCAGCAGCAGCAGCAGCCAUUCCUUCUCCCAAAAAGUGGGGCCCACCGCAGCUUCUUUAGUCCCUCUUCUCACCUCCACUUCCAGCCCUUUCUGCUGCCCCCAGCCUCCCUCGGGGCCCCACACUUCGGGGGGCCCCCCCACCAGCUUGGGGGCCCCCGGGGCCCUGGGGGCCCCCAGGGCUGUGGGGGCCCCGGGGGCCCCCAGGGCCGUGGGGGCCCCUGGGGCCCCUGGGGCCCCGGGGGCCCGGGGGGCCCCUGGGGCCCCCUGGUGGUGUUUCCUUUAAAUGCAUGCAGCAGCAGCUGCAGCAGCAGCUGCAGCAGCUGCUGCCGUUUGCUGUCUGUGGCAAGCCACUGGCAAGCUGUGCUGAGGCCGCGGUUUCCCUCGUCGAUGCAGCAGCAGCAGCAGCUGCUGCGGCGCCCUCAGCAGCAGCAGCAGCAGCAGCAGCAGCAGCAGCAGCAGCAGCAGCAGCAGCAGCGGAGCUUCUGGGGCAGCUCUGCUGCUGCUUCCCGGCUGCUGCUGUACACGGCCGGAGCUGUCUUUCUCUCUUGGCGUGUUGCUGCUGCUGCAGCAAGCAGCAGCAACUGGGGCAGCAAGCUGCUGCAGCUGCUGCUGCGGCACUUCACUGCCUCCCGCGAGGCCCUCAGGGCUGGGAGGCUCCACACAAUCUUCACGGCCAGUAAGGCAGCAGCAGCAGCAGCAGCAGCAGCAGCAACUGCAGCAGCAGCAGCAACUGCAGCAGCAGCAGCAGCAGAAGAAGAAGCAGCCACUCACUUGGUGCCGCUUUGCAUAGUGCCUUUUCAUUUGCUGUGCUGCCCUCACGCUGCUGAGGUUCGUGCCGCUGCUGCAGCUGCUGCUGCUGCUGCUGCUGCUGCUGCUAAUUUGGAUGCUUCACUCGCUGCUGCUGCUGCUGCUGCUGCUGCGCAGGUUUGA